AUGGAGGAACUGCCCAAGGAACAAAUUAUCAUCUUGAAAAAAGCUUUCGAAGCUUUUGACCACGAGAAGAAAGGAUGCAUCGGUACAGUGAUGGUUGGUACUAUCCUAGGCAUGCUGGGACACCCUGUCACAGAUGAUACCCUGAAAGAAAUUAUUGACGAAGUGGAUGUUGAUGGAUCCGGAGAGCUGGAAUUUGAAGAAUUCGUCACUUUAGCUUCCAGGUUCAUGGUUGAAGAGGACGCAGAAGCUAUGCAAGCAGAACUUAAAGAGGCAUUCCGCUUAUAUGAUAAAGAAGGUAACGGUUAUAUCACCACAACAGUAUUGCGAGAAAUCUUAAGAGAACUCGAUGACAAAAUCAGCGCCGAAGAAUUAGAUAUGAUGAUUGAGGAAAUUGAUUCCGACGGUUCCGGAACUGUAGACUUCGAUGAAUUCAUGGAGGUGAUGACGGGCGGAGACGAU